UAGCUGCUCAUUACGUAGCUAAAUUUCAACACAGCCGGACUAUAAGCAGCUAUAAUAGUCCCCAAUUUAAAACCAACAAAUACGUAAAUCAAGCAGCUUGGCUAUAAACGAUAAUGCAGAAACAACGCUCACCGUACACUGGCGGAGGCGGCGGCGGCGGCGGCUUCAAUGUGCAGCAGCUGAAGGAGCCAAGCUUUGGCCAGCACAGUUGCCCCAGUGGCAUGCCGCUGCUGGCGCAGCUCAAGCAGCAGGUGAAGCAUACAGUGAACGCGGGUCCUUCGUUGAGCUGCAACUUGCCGCCAUUGAAUGUGCUGGGUGGUGGCUUUGAGCGUGGCUUGCGCAGUGGCACGCCGCGUGGCUUCAUGAGCAGCGGCAGCUUCAAUGGCAGCUACGAGGGUGAGAUACCGCCAUUGUCAUUGCCAUUGCCGGGCGGCUCGGAUGACAUGAUGCAGUGCGGCGAGCCCAAUUUGCUGAAGCCGUCAAUCUCAAUGUCAAGGCAGAUGCCAAUGCCAAUGUCGGCGCAAGCGCAGAGCUAUAACAGCGAAACGGAUUCCGAUUCGGAGUACACCCAGCACAAGACGAGCUUUGGCAGCAAGCACGAGCUGCGCUCCCGCCGCAUUUGCGAUAAUCUCAAGUCGUGCUUGAACGCGCAGCAGCAGCAGCGCAUGGAGACGGCACUGCAGCGUUGCGCGCAGAGCAAGCUCCUGAGCCAUGUGCUGCUGCUGCUGCACUUGCUGGCCGUGCUCAUAGGCGCCACUGUGGCGUACACACGACGCGCCGGCCUCACUGUCAGCCAGCUGAGCCUGCGGCUCUGGCGCUGCAAGUUUCAGCUGCGCAGUCUGCUGCGCCAGUUGCUCUGGCGCAUGGCCAAUGCCAAGGGCAACGAUGUGCUCAUCUUUCUGUGCAUUCUGAUUGUCACUCCCUGGGUGUUUCUGCUAGGUCUCGCUGGCUUUCUCAUAUCCUUUGUGUUUAGUCUCAAGGAGGGCAUCAGCUAUCUAGCACGUCAACUGCAUCUGCGUCUCAUAAACUAGAAACCAA